AUGAAGCUCACACUCUUCUCAAGCAUCACACUCGCCCUCCUAGCAUCGAGCAUCCAAGCCAUGCCCUCCGCCACCUCCCUGACUCCAGACGGCGAAUACUCCAUGGCCGACUAUGCCAAACGCUGGUCCAUCAACCAAAAUGGCGAAAUCCUGAACACCCUCUCCCGUCGACAGGCUGGGUUGGGCCCACAGCUCUGCACUUGUACUGGCUGCAAGAUGGAGGAUGGGAAGAUUUGCUGUGGUCGAGGGUAG